AGGCUGCCAUCUCAGCCAGGAGCCAGCCCGGUCCGGGGCAGCAGCCAGAAGGUAGUGUGUCGGUGAGUGUAGAGUGGGGAGGCCGCUGUGAUCCCAGUACUCAGUGAGGGGUGUUGCGGGACUCCUGUCACUUGCUGCUGCACUUCAGACUAAGUCAGCUGAUCCAAGCUGCCGCGUGUGCCAGUGGCGCCACUUUGACUGGAAGUUGCUUGCCGGGGGGUCAGGCACACUCCAGAAAGGGAACACGUCAAGCCAUCGCCAAAGUCCGCACCAUUUCAAGACUUUGUGUGACUAAGUUAUCCAAGAACGUGAGGAGGGAGUGGUAGCGUAACAAUGGGGGAUCAUAGACAAGAAUCACAUGGCUGCUGUGGUAACCAUGAACCAGGGGAGACACAGCCUGGCCGCAUUCUCCGCGGCCGGGUUGGAAGAAAACUAUCACCGUAUUCUCCACGCAUCAUCAAAGCAAAUCACCAUGUCCAUUUCUCUGAGGACACAGACAAACUGGGUAACACAGCCAUUGUUGUUAAGGAGAAGGAGGAAGGCACCAAGUAUGAAGCUCAUGUUGGGUUCUUGCAGAUCCUACACUGGUACCAUAUCACAAUCCAAGUUCCCGUGAAGGACGCGGCUGAAGGCUACACCAUUGGAGAGAACCAAGGUGUGCACUGUCGAGCCGAGAGCUUAAAGGUAGCAGAGGACGGUAGGCUGGAGGUUUUGGUGAACAUGCUGGCUCAUAAGGAGAAGCUGCUGAAGGAGGCAAUCACCCUUAUCAGACCGUCUGGCGAGGAGCUCAAGCUUAUUGUUUUUGCUAGAGUUUUAGGCAAGCAAAAGGGCACCCCCAUGCUGCGGAAUGGCAUUAAAUCUUACAAAGUGGAGCAUGAUGAGGAGUCUGAAGCAUCGGACUGGCAAGGAUUUACAUAAAUAUCUCAUUUUUCAGGGAGAGGUGAUGGCUGAGUGGUCAACAUGUGGAGGUGGUUGAUGUGGCGUUGCACACAAUUCCUACAUUAUGACAGUUUUAAACUGUUAUGAAGUGACAUGAUUUCAUCCACAUGUCGUCUGGAUCCCAUACCUGCGGUUGCAGUGUGGCUCAAGUGGAGCAUUAAGGAAUAACAUGGAUUUUCAAGAGGUGCAAAUGCAGAGAUUUACAGCCACGACACCAAUGGCUGUGGCCGGUCAGCCAUCUGUGUCCCUUAACAGAUCAUAGAGGGACUCAAAGACUAUGUGGUGAAUGAAUUUUAAAUAUAUUGGUAUAUUCUUUGUUCAGCUUCUCCGUGUUAAGGAUCACCACAGUAAAUCACUUCCUUCCACCUUCCUUUCAAUAUCACAUUCAGGUUUCUGAUCUGCAUGAUAAUAUUGAUAUCAAACAUACUUGAAUAUUUUUCUUGAAGUAACAUACCAUUUCAUCUAUUUAUAUUUCUACCAGUACACUAUUUAAUACUAAGCCUAAAAUAUUUAUGCCUGCACUUUGAUGUUUAUUCCUUGCAGUUCUGCAGUGUUUUCAGGUGAUUACUAAUGUUUUAUAGUGUCUAGUGGCUCCUGCUCAUCUUUUGUUGCUGUACUUACCUAAUAUGGUCCUGAAAAUAUUAUUUGUCAUUUUAUUCUAUUUAUAUUUCACUUCUUGUCUCUGUCAAGUUAGUGAAGAAUCUUUAUAUUUUACAUUGAUAAAUCAAACAUUAUUGAACAUGUACAAUUCACAUCACAGUGUGUGAGUGACCCAAGGUUGUGACAGCAUUUGAUAUUGUUUGUGUGCCAUUCCCUGCAGUGUAUGCAGUGACUCAACAAGUACGUGCCAACCCCGGUGGUGACUCUUACUGAGUAGGAUAAGAUGCCAAGAAGGGAAAGGAAUGAAAUUUUAAUUAUGUUUUAUGUAUAAAAUUUAAGGAGCUUGUUUUGUAUAGAAUGUCUCAACAACCUGGUAUUUUAUGUGUCCAACCAUGUUAGCAAGUGUAUUCUUAAGAAUUUAUUACUGUUGUCUUUGAAAUGUUGAGUGUAAUAUACAAACAAGUGCCAGUAAGAUUGAUGAAAUAUGUGCAUGAAAAUUGGAGUACUUAGUUUUGGUUACUUUUGAAUCUACAUAAAUGUUUAAUUCAGGCUGCACUGCAGACAUUGUAGGUAACGUGUAAUUCAUAAGCUAAAAACUAAAUAAAUAAAUAAUUGUU